AACACGUAACAGGAACUGAAUCGAACCUGCUCGAUCACCUCAGUCCUCGCCAUGGACGAUUACAAGCCCGAGAAACCGAACAUCAAACAGUCGCCACCCAUCGACGUAACGGUGCCAUACGAUGCUGCCUGGGUCAAGGACAAGGUCAUAGUCAUAACCGGAGGAGCGAGCGGCUUUGGCGCAGGCUUUGUACGACUAUGGGCAAACAACGGCGCUGUGGUGAUUGUGGGCGAUAUCAACGUGCAAAAGGGUGAUGCGCUGUGUCGGGCCAUCAACAAGGAGAGCAACACUGGUGGCAAGGCGCAUUUCGUGCAUUGCGACGUGACAGAUUGGCAGUCGCAGGUCAAUCUCUUCAAAGAGGCUGUCAAGCUGAGUCCACAUGGCGGCCUGGAUUGUGUUGUCGCAAAUGCGGGCAUAGCAGGCCCGGACAACCUCCAGAUGGGCAGCGACCUUGACGCUGCGGAACCGCCUCCGCCAGUCUUCAAGAUCAUGGACGUAAACCUCACGGGUGUGCUCUACACUACACAUCUCGCCUGCUUCUGGCUGCCCAAGAACCCAGGUUCUUCGCCUUGCAGUCUCGACGCGAAGCCUUCUACAACCUCACCGCGCGACCGCCAUAUCCUACUUCUGGGCUCCAUUGCGUCUCUAGCGCCCAUCGCCAUCCAGCCACAAUACUGCGCCGCGAAGCAUGCCGUGCUGGGUCUGUUCAGAAGUCUGAGGGUGACCAGUGGCCUCCAGGGCAUACGGGUAAACCUGCUCUGUCCGUACUUCAUCGACACGCCCAUUGUAACGACAGGCGCACGUUUCAUACUUGCAGGCGGUGCAUUGGGUCAAGUGGAAGAUGUCGUUGAUGCGGGGACGCGCUUCGUGGCCGACUCACGCAUAUUGGGUCGGGCGCUGUGUGUAGGCCCCAAGAUGCAUGUGCGCCAAAAGGAGAACGGCGAGUGGGAGCUAUCCACCCCGGGAGCACCUGGCAGCAUCGAGCAGGCUAUCUUCGAGCCGUGUGCCGACGAUUGGGAAGACCAGGACCAGUGGAACCGCACUUUUGUCAAGCUUUUGAACCUAGUGCAGGCUGGAAGAGGUUGGAUUGGGUGGGCACAGGAUAUCGCCAAAGCGACACUGUACAGCGUUGGUAUAGGGAGAUGAUGGGCCCCAACACGGCGCAAGAGUCGCGGCUGUUAUCCAGCAUCGUCUGGGUGACAGAUUGUAGUCACAGAGUCAUAUAAAUUUCGCCCUCCUCAA